GGAGGUCCCACAGCUUUUGAGCAAAUUAGGGUUCCCGUGUAAAAGCCGCGUCUAUCUUGUUUGGCUUGCUAUUAGCUCUGACGGAUCCACGGAGUUGAAUUGAACGACAUUAUAGUAGAAGCGUGGAUCGUGCUUCAGAGUCAUAGAGACUGCACGUUUUAUUUCAGCACCUUCCCAGCAGUCGCUGAUCGUGUAUAUAUUUUUAAUCGACUCGACCGCCACCUCGUCGUUGCGCCCAUGGCAGCGCAUUUCGCGGUAGGGCCGCAGGAAGAUGACGCCAUCAUACGUCAGCGGCUGCUCACGCGCACCUCCGUCACUCGCGGCGAACCACCGAUGAAAAAGCUCCUAAAGAAAUUCCUCGCUUUCACAUCAGAGGCGGCUCGGCCGGACAGCAGCAUGGCUGACUGCGAGAGACUAGCGCGCGCCGUGCUGCAUGAAAUGGCGGGAUUCGAGCAACCACUCGCCAUGUCCCGCGCCGUGAUCAGCGCUAACCGCCGCGAGCAGGAGCACUUUAACGAGCUGACGAAACAGCUAGAAGCGGAUAUUAUCGAGGCGGUGGCGCGGGUAGAGCAGCUGAUGGCGGAGGAGGCGGAGGCGCGGCGGCAGCGGCAGCACGAGGAGGAGUGCGAGCUGGUGCGGCGGCAGAUAGCGGCGCAGCCUGCGCGCGCGGUGUCAGAGGCGCGCAUAGCGGCGCUGGAGGCGGAAGUGGAGGCGCUGGAGGGGGAGAACGUGGGCGCGGGGCGAGUGGUGGAUCUCAGGCGGAAGCAAUUUGCUUUAUUGCUGCACACGAUGGAGGAGCUCCAAGGAGCCCUGGAGGAGGAUCCUUCGAGGGAGCUGGCAGCAGUGGUAGCAGCAGGAGGAGGAGGAGGAGGAGGAGGAGGAGGAGGAGGGGGGGGGGGGGGCGUGACCGUGAUGCCUGCUGGUAGGCCGUCUGCUGCAGCAGGGGGUGGGGAGGGCAGAGCAGCAACCCCACCACCGCCCACUCAACCGGAUGCCUCCGGGGCUUCUCCCAUGACAGUUGACUCGUGACACUUGGGCCGAAGGCUCGCUUGACUCUUUGAGGCGGCUGUCCCUGCUCCAUAUCUACCAUUCACUUGCCAGUUGUUGCAUCUCCUACACCACCUGUAACAUAAAAUCGUUCAGCUACGGAAGGUACAACUGGUGCUUGGUCACAACGCACAAAGUGAUUAUGAGAUACAGCC